CCUCUAGAGGGCGCUCAGGAUGUGUCGGCCAGGUUUGAUAACUGAACUCACAAAACUGAGGAUGCAGCGUCUAUGAUCUCCAGUUCUGCAUUGGAAAGAGAGUCAGAUUUUCAUCUAGAGGAGCUAGAUUCAGUUUAUUUAGUGUGAAGGGUCAGUUUUAGUAGAGCUAGAGGAGUUAGAUUCAGUUUAUUUGGAGAUUUUUAGAAAAUUUUAGAUGAACUCUGUGAUUUUACAUUUAGACUACAUAAAAUUCCUCUUUGCCGUCUCUCUGUUGAUUUUAUAUCUAAUUUUUGUCUCAUGUAUUCUCACUUUGCAUCCCACUGUUGUUUUUCUAAGUCCUCUCAAACUAAACCUCUGACUAAAAUGACGUCUCAGUUUAUGAUGAGGCAGAAAACGAGUUUUCCAUGAAGAGAUUUAAAUCAGACGGUGACGAAGACUGCUCAAGUCUUCGUCAUAUCUGCUCCUAAAGUUCACUGAAAACUCUGAACUUUGUCGUCUUUAAUCGUUGAAUCAGGCUGAACACACCAAGGUGAUGAUGAUGAUGAUUCAUGCUGCAUCACUUCACUCAGUCAGAGCUGACGUUUACUACCACUAGGGGGCCUCAGUCUCCUCCACCACAUGAAAAUAAAGACUUCCUCUUUUGACUCUCAGAGAUUCUCACAAACAGACUGGAGUGUUUUGUGCCUUUUUCAGUCUCAGACUCUUUCGCUGUUUCAUUAAAAAAGAUACUUUUAAUGAGGAAUUAGUUUGGACCCUGAAGGGACCCCGGACCAGCCUUUGAGAACCACAGUGAUCCAGAGUCUGUCAUUAGAAAUUAAAGAAUCCUAAAAGUAUUUUCUAACAUUUAAAAACAUUUAUUCUCUGAUUUUCUGUUUCAUGUAUUCAUGUAUGCCAAAGUACAAACCUGUGUUUUAUAAUUAUUAUUAUUAUUUGUCAUUUUUUCUCUAGUUUUGAUCUUUAUUUCAUUUUUAGGAUUGUUUUAUGAUGAACCUCUCCUGUGACCUGCUCUGAGCAGCUCUGUGAUAAAAACCUAAAAUAAGGUUUAUUAGAGACGAGCUGUGCGUAAAACAACAACGAAAACUCAACGUUCAUGUUUAUUAAUCCUUUACUGAUCUUAGUUUUCCUUUAAUUUCAAUAUCUUGAUCAGAAAGUAACAUUUGGAAGAGUUUGAAAUAUGAUUUUAAAUGUUUUUGAAGCAGACAUCUUUAAUAUAAAUAUGAUCGUUUCUGUGGCAUCAUUGAAAAAAUCUCCACUGUCAGUCUGAGGUUUUGAGGUUUUGUUCUGUCUUCUAAUUGGCCGAGGAUGGAGCCAGACUGUAUGUCAGACUGGACAGGAUCAAGGUUGCCAGUAAGCUGAGUUGAUUUCACUCGGAAAGCUGCGGAGCUUCAUCUGUUGCUCUCUCUCUCUCCCUCUGCUCGGUAAGCCUCUUAGGAAUCACGACCACAGCAGAUGUAGCGAGAAUGCCAAUCAGGAGCUCCUGCUGAGCGGAGAAACCUGCCGCCGGCUGUCAAACCACUGCGCGGCUCGAACCUCGGCCACUGCUCCGAAGAAGCUCUCCCAAAGGUCUCAAUCAACCUGAACCUUCUGCAGACGCGUCACAGCUCCAAGAGGAGAGGAUGUAGCGCGCAGUGAGUUUCCAAACAAUCUGAACCCUCAAAUCCAACAAAUCCUCGAAGACGCAGAACCAUGCUACCGCAGGAUGUCGGGAAGCAGAAGCCACGCCGUGUGUCAGAGCCCAUGUGCGGGGUGGACAGCACCCCGGUGCCGCCGCCUCGGCUGCUGAAGAACCGGGACUUUCCUCUGAACGUGAAGCGCAGGAGGUCCGGCUCCGCACCUGAGCGCAAGGUGAACUGCGUCCUGGUCGGAGACGGAGCUGUGGGCAAGACGAGCCUGAUCGUGAGCUACACCACGAACGGAUACCCGACUGAAUAUGUCCCCACGGCAUUUGACAACUUUACAGGUAACCCUCGAUUGGAACACCUACCUGUGUUUUAGCUUUACGCUCCGGUUUUACGCACAGCUGAGCGACAUUUCGGAGCUUCUUUCUGUUCGUAGAUACAUUUCUCCAGGUCAGGUGUGCGUGUGUGUGUGUGUGUGUGUGUGUGUGUGUGUGUGUGUGUGUGUGUGUAUGUGUGUGUGUAUCUUUCCAAACAUACAGUCAGUGUUUCUUCUCCCUCCUCAGUGAUGGUCGUGGUCGACGGGAAGCCCGUGAAGCUGCAGCUGUGUGACAUGGCGGGACAGGUGAGCCGCUCUUCUCUUUGUUGUUCAGAUGUGAUCUCACCUGAACAUGCAGCUGCAGUACACUCAGCUUUUCUCUCUUUGCAUGUUUUCAUGGUUUCGCAUUGAUAGAAAUGGGGUCUCGUUGACGGACCGAUCAAUGUAAGUGAUCAGUGUCUGUCAUCAGUUCUCGCUGUGUUUGUUGCCCCCUGCUGUCCGCACUGAACCCUGACCUGAAGUCUUGUAAGACCCCCACAGUUUUAACCACCCCACUGUGUAAAGUGGUCCCGCAGCUCCACAGUUUACAGCGCCCCCUGCAGGAAUGAACUGAGACAGUGAUUAGAGGAAUGUAGAAGCCCCCUCCGCCAUCCUGUGCUCCAGCGCCCCCCUUUGGUUGUUUAAAUGUUCCCUUUGGAAAGAAUGCUGCCACUGUCUGACUGCAUGAGUUUUUAGAAACAAAUGAUAAUAACAUAAAUUAUGAAAUGAUAAUGAGAAAAAUAAUAAAAUGAUAAUGAUAAAAAAGAUAAAAUGAUUAUAGUAAAUUAUAAAAUGAUAACAAUAAUGAUAAUGAUAAAAAAGAUAAAAUGAUCAUGAUAAAAUAAUAAUGAUAUAAAUGAUUAAACAAUAAUAAAAAUAAUAAAAUGAUCACAAUAAAAUGACAAUGAUAGAGAUGAAAAAAUGAAUACAAUAAAAUGACAACGACAAAAUGAUAAAAUGAUAAAAUGAUCAUAUAAAAUAAUAAAAUUGAAAUGAUUCAAAUGAUUAAAAAUGCCAAUGAUAAAAAUAAUGAAAUGCUAAUGAUAAAAAUGAUAAUGAUAAAAUAAUAAAGAUAAAGUGAUAAUGAUAAAGUGAUAAUGAUAAAUGAAAACGAUAAAAUGCUAAUGAUAAUUUGCUAAUGAUAAAAUGAUAAAAAUGAGUAACGAUAAUGAUAAAAUGAUUAAAUGAGAAAAUGAUAAUGAUAAAAUGACAAAAUGAUAAUAAUGAAAUGAUAAAUCAUCAUAAAAUGAUAAAAUAAAAAUGAUUAAAAUAAUUAAGGAUAAUGAUAAAAAUGCUAAUGAUAAAAUUAUAAAGAUAAAAUGAUAAAGAUAAAAUGAUAAUGAGAAAUGAGAAAAGUGAGGCCUCCUAUCUGUGCAGCCUCUGGAGGAUUUAGUACAGGUCAGGUGAGGCACGGUCCGAUAACACUGUUUCACCAGGAUUAUCACCCUGAGUGUCACUUGGACGCCUUUGAGGGGAUUAACCCUCCUCAGCUGAUGUUCAAAAUCACUGUAGUGAGAGCAAACAACACCUUCAUGAAGCUCCUGUAGGCCUGCCGGGAUCUCUCUUUUUGUCCGUCUGAAUCUAGAAAUGAUCAAAGAAAUAUAAAAAACCAGAAAGAGUUUUUGUUGGUUAAUUAAAAGACAAAUUAAAGUUCAUAAUUAUAAUGUGUCACAGAAGCUUCUUGUCCUCAAAGGCCACUGUAGCUUCAUGGAGGUGAGGGGUGAGCAAGGGAGCAUUCAUCCAAAACCCGAGUGUUACGUAUCCCCAAACAAUCCCGAGUCCACACUCAGCACCCUGAUGGGAAGAACCGUUCUUUUGACUGUACUGAAUCUUUAGAAUCUGUCCAUUAAAAUGAUUCGUUCAAAAGAUUCAUUCACUGAAUCAGUCAGUGCUUCAGAGCCCCAUCCUGCCAACGCAGUACACCAGUGAGUGACACAGCGGCGAGUUCGUUCAUUGACCGAGCCCCUUCCCUCCCCUGCUGCUGAAGUCACAGCGUCGUUCACUGGGUGACACAUGUCAUUCAUUCGCCAAGUCGUGAAGAAAGAAUCACUCCCCUGCCCUGAAAAACUCACUUCUCUGUGUGUCGCUGUUGGCGGAAACAACACAGCGGCGAGCAGCAUGCCCGCUAAACAAGCGCGAGUUCGUGAAUGACGGUACAGCCCUUCCUCCUCUGCCUGCAUCAUGUCAUUCAUAAGUCGUUUGUAUUGUUCACAGUCUGACUGAUACAUGUUGUUCAUUCGCUGUGAGCAAAUCACGAGACUCCGCCCACCUGCUCGGUUGCUAACUGGCUGUGUAAAGAGUCAAAGGCGGCAUUUCCGCUCCCGACCGGCACGCCAGGCUCGCGGCUGAGCUCAACUGAACUGAGAAAGGAACGAAUCAGGUCUCGGAGUGAUUCCAUUCACGACGUUCACUCAGCAGAUCUGUUCUUUUGAACGAAUCGUUCAUGAACGACACAACACUACCCUGAACAAAGAUGACGAAUAAUCACAUCUGCCUCUUUGUUUCAGGACGAGCUGGAGCGUCUCCGCCCGCUCUGCUACAAGAACGCCGACGUCUUCCUCCUCUGCUACAGCGUGGUCAGCCCCUGCUCUUUCCGAAACCUGAUCCACAGGUGGGUCCCUGAAAUCCAGCAGCAGUGUCCCGGCGUGCCGCUGGUCCUCGUGGGCACGCAACUGGACCUGAGGGAGGACGUCCAGGUGCUGAUCCACCUGGCAGAGAACCAGGAGCAGCCGGUGGGCACGGAGGAGGGUCUGCGGCUUGCCCAGGAGCUCGGCGCGGUGAGCUUUGCAGAGUGUUCGGCACUGACCCAGAAGAACCUGAAGGACACGUUUGAUUCGGCCAUCUUGGCCAGCAUCGAGCAGACGGACAGCUGCAGCGUCCAGCAGCAGAGGAUGACCCUGAGGAGGAAGACGCCUGAUAAGAUCAAGAGCCUGUCGGAGACCUGGUUGAAGAAGAUCAACUGUCUGAUGGGAGAGCAGAGCUGUGACUUCAAGUGA